GUCCACUAUAACUCAACUGCUGACGCGUAUCCACGACUCAUCAGCCAAACAGAAGAUGCGACGGACACGUCAGCCUGGGCGGGAAACGGAAAUUCAGCCUGACACGUGGCACCAGCCGGCUCAUCGCCCGCACUCAACUCCCAAGCCGAGCAUCCGCGAUCAUUGCCAAGCUGACACGUGGCAGCCAGACUCCGCCACGACGGCGGCGACGGCCGGAGAUCGAGCCCCCGCCGCAACAUCAUCAUUAUCAUCAUUCUCUCGAGGGCGUGCCAAGUUAACGUUCCGGUCAGCGGUGUUGACGUCAGCGGUGUCCAGGUCAUCAGCGGCUGUCCUCAGUCCCGCUCCCGACGGUACGGCUAUGGUCGCAAUCGAAAGUUGGGAUGGCUGCAUCAUGCUGACACCGGGUUCUCCGACUGUGGACGAACGACGAGGGCAGGCUGCCGACACCACCACCGCCACUCCUGGAAGGAUUCCCGCUCCCUAUCCUGCCUGCGCCCCGCAUCCCUAUCCCGAUCCCGAUGCCCAUAAUGACCUAGUACCACCGACGAUUGGUCAUCAUCAGCAUCCUCUUCGCGGGGCAUUGCAGCAGCAUCGUCAUCAUACUCAUCCUCCUCCUCCUCAUCAUCAUCAUCAUCAGCAGCAGCAGCAGCAGCGGCAGCUGCUCCCGCCUUCAGGAGAAAGCCCACAGCAGUUUCUUGCUGCUCCCACGCGCUUCGCUGCAGCAGAUCAGAUAAGACCGACGCGACAGGCCAGGACGGAUAAUACCAAAUUAGAUACGGAUAAGGCACAUUAUCCGGAUAUUAAUACUAAUAAUACGGAUAAUCUGCCUUAUCCACCGGCCAGAAACGGUGAUUUUAAUUAUAAUCUGCCGCAUUCAUUGUUGGACAAGGACAAGAAUGAUGCGUUGCUGCCACGUCAUCGUCAUUAUCAUCAAUCUCGUAAUACUAAAUCGCUAAAUACGGAUAAUAAUCUUCUGCCUUAUCCCAUCGACAAUAGUUCAUUAAAUAAGGAUAAGGACAAUCUGCCUUAUCCGUUGUGGUCUGAUGACGACAACAACGACAACAACAACAAGGAGGAUGUGCGACCGCGACGUAGUCAUCAAGAAAACUCUCACGAUCCAGAUGAAGACCAGGAAGAUCUUCAUCGUCGUCCCGAUCCCGAUGCGAGCGCUCGGCGUCGCGACGAGAGGGACCGUACCAGCUCCUCCUUUUCCUUCGCCACACAAGACGACCUCGCCCACACUUCUUAUUACCCUUCUCCUACAUUUCCUAAAAUGGAUAUCAAUGCCACAUCAGCAGCAGCAGUGGCAGUGGCAACGUGUAGGACGCGUACAGCGGCAGCGGCGUCCACUGCCAGCGAUACCGGUGCAUCGGGAUCUCCUGGGACGUCGGGACCUGACGGCGGAGGUGUUGACGUCAUCAAGAGGAAAACCGUGGCCAGGCGAAGAGGAAAACGGCGCAGCAGAAGGUUCUCCCGUGAGUCGUCGCGACCGGAAGAGCUAGCGGCGGCAGCCAUAGCCGACCUCAAGUAUGCGAGCUCGCCGACCUACGAUUCCGACCUCGGUCCCGACCGCGCACAGGAAGACGCCGUUCGAGACGGUGAGUGCUCAAGGGUUGCAGCAGGUGCGCAAGAGAGGGCCGGAGUCAGGACCGGAGUCGGGAUCGAGGUCGCGAUCGUCUGUGGGGAGGAGGAGGGAGAGGGGUGGGUAGAGGAGGAGGGGGAAGGAAGCGCUGAUUACAGAACAACAACCAUCACGACGCGCAGGGUGUACACGAUGGCAUGUCAGCAGUCAGGUCCGCCGGCCGGUGAGUGCCACGUGUCAGAUGCAGGUCAGACUCUGCAGACGCAGAUGAUCACGCCCUCCACGUGCCCCUCCUCCCAUCAUCAUCAUCACCAUCAUCAUCAUCAUCAUCAUCAUCAUCAUGAGCAGAAGCUGAUAUGGCAUAAUCAGGAGGAGAAGGAUAUGGUGGUAGAGGCCUCAGCAGCAGCAGGCGCAGCAGAGGUAGCCCAAGGACCUCAGGACCUCUGGGUUGUGGGUGCCACUGGGAGAGAUUUAUCGAAUCGGAAUUCUUUUUACAAUGCAUUUAAUAUUGACACCACAGCGAGUGCAGUCGAAAAACAUGCCACGUCAGCAGAGAACGGAGGAGGAGGAGGAGCAGGAGCAGGAGGAAGAGGAGGAUGUAAUGGGGUUGGUGGUGGUCCCCCUCGUCCUCUCCCUCUCGCUGCUCCUGCCGCUGCUGCUGCUGCUGCCACGUCAACCCAGCGAGUGGAUAUCGUAAUCCAGAACAGGGAUCGGGACUCGAAUCGGGAUCGCAUGGACUACAGGCAGGGGGGGAAUCAAGACGGAGGGCCACAGAUUUCUAUGACGAUGAUCAGCGAUCCUUCACGUGUAGUCAGAUCGGGAGCGGGAUUGCCGGCUGACCGAGAUCCCGCACGUGUAAUUGUUGCUUCUCCUGCUGUUGCUGGUCCAAGACACCCCAAUCCCGAUCCCGAUCCCGAUCCCGACCCCGAUCUCGAGAGCGGCUGCGAAACGAUGAUUGUGAAGGAUAGCGGCGAGCUUGAUCGAGGGCGUCAUGGAAAGCUGACUUCAACCGCCGGCGGCGGGAUCGGGAUCGGGAUCGGGAUCGGCAAGGGGAUCUCUGAUGGAGGUGGGGGCGGCGGCGGAGGCGGCGGCAGCAGGAGCAGGUACUUCUGGUGGAAUUACGGGCGGCAGAUCAUCUUUCUCCUCUUUUACGUUGUCGUCAACCUCGUGCUGGCCACCACGACCUGGUUCCAUUGGAUGGCUAGGGACGAGUACAAGGUGUUCAGCCACGGCAUCUGUGUGUCGAAGGCGGCGGCAGAGCUGCUCAAGUUCAAUCUGGCGCUGGUGCUGAUCAUGAUGUCCAGGAUCACUAUGGGAAAGUUGUCGUCAACAAAAUUAGCGUACAUCAUACCGUUCGAGUCUCUCCUGCCUUUUCACAGGGUCGUGGGCUCCGUGAUCGGUGUGGCCACAUGCGUUCAUUCUUUCACUCACCUCGUGUGGAAUUUUGUACUCGCUAUGCGAACGGCUCAUUCCAACUGGAAAUAUGUAGAUGGAGUAUUUCCAUCGGGAGUGCCUCCACAUUACUGUUCGUUUUUCGGCUUGGCGGUCGGAUGGACGGGAUGCGUCAUCUUCCUCGCCAUGAUCAUCGGAAUCCUCCUGGCCGUCGAAACGUCAAGACACGCGCUUUCUGUGGUCAUGAUGGGAAUGCAAGGGAUCAAAAGUUAUGCCACAUUUUACUACAGUCAUAAAGUUAUGAUUUUGCUCGUAUACCCCAUAGUCAUAUUUCAUGGAUCGAGAGCUCCACUCGGCAAAUUUCCCACCACAACUACUUGGAAGUAUCUAGUCGGGCCUUCAGCGCUGUAUCUCGCCGAAAGCCUCGUGGUGUGGAUUGGAAUUCCCCAGAGAAAAGUCAAGAUCGAAAAGGCAACAGUCUAUCCAGACAAGACAAUGGCGUUGCAGAUGCCCAGACAGGACACUUUCCGAUUCCAGAGUGGAAUGUACUUAUUUUUAAAAUCGCCAGACAUCUCAAAGGUUGAAUGGCACCCAUUUACGAUUUCUUCUUCCCCAUGUGAAAACAAUAUGUCCCUCCAUAUCAAGGCGGUUGGGGACUGGACAAAUGCUCUGCAGAGCCUGGUCGUCGAGGAGAGUUCGGGAGACGGCAAGUCGAGGACGAGAAUGAGAAAAUGGGGAAAGGUCAAAAACUUCCAGUUGAUUUGGUCGCUACGGGAGCAAAAAGCCUUUCAAUGGUUUAAGGACUCUAUGGGCGAGCUUCUCCGCCGAGAUCGAAUGGGAGUGAUUGAUCUGAGGUGUCAUCUCACAUCUCCUCCGUCCGUUCAGACUGACCCUGCGGCCGCUCUCGUGCGGACGGCUCAGAUGCUGAAGCACGGACUGUCAUCGUACGACAUCAUUUCAGGAAUGAACAUGAAGGUAUGGGAAUAGACUGCAGAAGUCCUACAAAAGCCCCAAUUCCCGCACAAUCCCUAACAAAACCUUCCAAGGUUC